AUGCUGGCGAAUGUCGACAGGCCGUGGACUGAGGAGGUGGAUCCUAUGGUCAACGCACUCGUUGCCGUGAUCGAGGAGCAAAACCUCCAGAUGACUCUUCGUGGUUACCAAAAUUACCUGGCCAUGGUCGCAAUGGCGUCUAGUGUUAUGGGUUCCAUCGUCAGUAUGAGCAAGGCUUGGUCGUUCGGAUGGUGGGUGUUGUGGAAGCUGGUAGCAUUACGGGCCGCAUGA